AUGGAGUACGCAGCCGGCAUUUUUGAGACUAUCUGCGCUGAUGGCUCUUUGCUCCCACCAACAGUUGUCUUCAAUGGCAUCAAUAGGCAGCUGGAUGUCGUACAGCGCACUAAAGAGCUGGGCAACUGGAACGUUGUGUGGAAUCAACGCGGUUCAAUCAAUGGCAAUGUCAUGCUGCGUUGGAUUGACAGCUUUGACCAGGCUGCAGAGGACGAGAAGAGCGCUAUGAAAUGGCGGCUGCGUCUCCUGGACAACGUAUCAUGCCACCUUGUCGACGGGGUGCUUGUGAAGGUUGAAGAGUUGCAGAUCGAGAUCGCCACAUAUCACUCAAACGCCACGCAUGAAAUGCAGCCCUAUGAUGUCGUCGCCUUCAAGAUCUUCAAUGGCGAGUUUGAUAGGCUCCAAGAAGAUCUCAAUGAGCGUGACAUCCCCAUUGAAAAGCUCAGAUUCCUUGGCUUGCUCAAAAUGGCCCAGAAAAAAGGCCUUAGGGACAUCAUUGUGCGUAAAUCGUUCGAAAAAGUCAGGCAUCUGGCCUUUUAA